AUGGUCCUGCCUUGUUUAUCUGGCACCUCUAAUCUGUCUGUUAAUCACGCCACCUCUAAUCUGCCCUUUAAUCACGCCACCACUAAUCUGUCUGGUAAUCAUGCCACCAAUAAUCCGUCUGGUAAUCAUGCCACCACUAAUCUUGCUGUUAAUUACGCCACCACUAAUCUGUCUGGUAAUCAUGCCACCACUAAUCCGUCUGGUAAUCAUGCCACCACUAAACUUUCUGUUAAUUACGCCACCACUAAUCUGUCUGGUAAUCAUGCCACCACUAAUCUGUCUGUUAAUUACGCCACCACUAAUCUGUCUGGUAAUCAUGCCACCACUAAUCCGUCUGGUAAUCAUGCCACCACUAAUCUUUCUGUUAAUUACGCCGCCACUAAUCUGUCUGGUAAUCAUGCCACCAAUAAUCCGUCUGGUAAUCAUGCCACCACUAAACUUUCUGUUAAUUACGCCACCACUAAUCUGGCUGGUAAUCAUGCCACCACUAAUCCGUCUGGUAAUCAUGCCACCACUAAACUUUCUGUUAAUUACGCCACCACUAAUCUGGCUGGUAAUCAUGCCACCACUAAUCCGUCUGGUAAUCAUGCCUCCACUAAUCUUUCUGUUAAUUACGCCACCACUAAUCUGUCUGGUAAUCAUGCCACCACUAAUCUGUCUGUUAAUCACGCCACCACUAAUCUGUCUGGUAAUCAUGCCACCACUAAUCCGUCUGGUAAUCAUGCCACCACUAAUCUUUCUGUUAAUUACGCCACCACUAAUCUGUCUGGUAAUCAUGCCACCACUAAUCUGGUUGCUAAUCACGCCACCACUAAUCUGUCAGGUAAUCAUGCCACCACUAAUCUCCGUGUUAAUUAA